UCUCCAAGCAAACAUCACUGACAACACUAAGCCAAGCUCAGGCAGGAGUGUACUAGAGAGGAGCACAGAUAUCCCAAAGCUCAUCACCUCUCCGAGAAUCAGAAUGCCCCUGAGAAGAUCAGCUUCCAGCAUCCGCUCUGAUAGCAGUGAUGUGGACAUGGAAGGAAUGGCGGAUAGCGAGUUGGCCAAGCUACAGCGCAUUUUUCGCCUGAAGGAGGGACAGCGUCAAGCAACCUUUAUUGGAAAAAAGGAACAAAUAAGGAGACAGCAGGCAGAGAUGCGUGUUCUGAAGAAAGAACAGGAGGAGCUGCUGAAGGACCUAAAAAUAUCAGAAAGUCGUAGCAAUCAGUAUCGUGAUCAGGACAGCCAGGAAAAACUCCAGGCCUUGCUGGAACAAAAGGAAGAACUAGAUGACGAAAUUGGAACCGAGAAGCAAAUCAUUGCUGAGCUAGAGAAAGAGAUAAAAUCUUGGGAGAGAAAACUUUUAGAUCAGAGAAAACAAGUGAGAGACUCUUCUGGGUCUGCCACACAAAAUGCCCAGGCACAGAAGAAUGUGAAGGUUAUGGAGAACCGACUGGACCGGGCUCUGACCAAAUUCAAUCUUCAGUUGGCAAAAAAUGCCAAGAUGAGGGAAGAGAUUGACAUCCUGAGAAUCGAGCGCUCUCGCUUUGAUCAACUCUAUAGAAAGCUUGAAAAGGAAUUGCUUCAAACAAGAAAAGAAAUUGCCACGACAAUUGAGGAGUCGUCUGCUGCUUAUAAUGCCAGGGAUGAAGCCCAAACAAAAAUGCAGCAAAUGAAGGAAAGAGCAGAGAAAGAUUCGAACCAGCACUCGGCAGAGAUAAAAGAGCUACAACGGGUGAUUGACCAUGACCGCAGACUGAAAGAGUUUAUGGGAACCAAAACUCAGGAGCGCUCUAUCAGUGACGAAGUGCUUGAUGCUCGGCGCAGGAGAGAAAAAGAAGCAAUAGAAAGAAAAAAACGGGACCCAACGGAAGAAACAGUAGAGACCUAUGAACAAGCUUUUCAGCAGAUACAGUCUAUCACUGGGGAAGACAACUUGGACAUACUGGUCAACAGGUUUAUUGAAGUGGAGGAUCGAAACUUUGCACUAUUUAAUUACGUUAACGAACAGAAUAACGAAACAGAGAGACUGAUGGAACUGAUUACAGAGAUCAAAAAAGAAAUUGAAGAAUUCAAAGCCCAGGGAGUGCGUCUGGAGCAGGAACACCGGUCCAUCCUUAAGAACAUUGAGGGUAAAGAAGAGGAGGCAGUAAAACAAGCAGAUGGCCACCAACAGCAGCUUAAGGCAGUCAUGAAAGUUUUAGAUCAGCUGAAAGCAGGAAUUGAAUCCUUGUUCAAGAAGAUAAAUUGUGACCGCUCUGUCCUGGAUGAAAUGUUGGGUUCUUCAUCCAGCAUUCGUGAAUCAAACAUAAUGCAGUACCUUGGCCUCAUCGAGCAGAAAACGAAUGAGCUGCUGGCUGUCCAAUCCUUCCUCGACUCCAAGAAUUAUGACAAACCAUAUGACCCACAAGAAACAGCCGGACUCCUUCUGGGACAGUCGGUGGACAUGCAACGCCCAGUCUUUGAGAUAAAGCCACCUGCCACUGGAGAUGAACAUGACAGUGACAGCGAGUCCCCAACCGCAGAUGAAGAAGAGAGACCUCUGACGGUGGUAGAAUUGCGAGAGAAAUUCAUGAGGGGGGUCUUGAAGAAAGAAGAGAAGGCCUUCAGAAAAGGAAAUCUCAGUGAAAAUAAUCUCACCAAAACAACAACGAAUGCAAAGAAAUGAUUGGCGUCAAUCAUAAUAGGAGGGGCCAAAUAAAUAAAUGUUAAAUUUGACUUGAAUUGUUUUAUUAGUAAAUAUUGUCUUUGUAGCAGAACUGUUAUGAUGCUUAGGGGUCUAUUUAUA